UCUCUAUCUCUCUCUCUACUGGGAAGGCCUGAAGCCCCAGCGAGCCAGCGAGCCAGCCGGGGACAGCGGAGUGUGGAAGAUGAGCAGUGAUGCAACCCAACAGAAGCAUGCAAAGAGGUUUGAAAACUGCAAGUCUUAAGGCCCAGCCAGGCGAGGACCUGCAGCCCCUGCUUCUCUAACAGAGAAAAAUACACCCUCCUCCCACCACCUGGUACCUGCACCUGCACAGGGAGACGCUCUGAAUCUGCCGGCUGAGGACUGUACCUGACCCUUGCCAGAAGCACUGCCCACACAGGAGCCCAACAGUGGAUGGAAACGAUCUUCCCAGGGCUGACAGAUGAUGCAGGGAAACAAGAAGUGCACCGACGGGUUCAGUGACUCUUCCAGCAUCGGCAGCGUGCUGGACGAUGCCGACAGGGAGGUGAGCAGCCUCACAGAUCGGGCUUUCCGGAGCCUGUGCCUCUCGGAGGGCGCACCCUUCCACGACUCCGAGCUGGGCCUGUCCCCGGAUUCCACCUGCCAGGUGCUGGGCACAGUGAGCCACACCCAUCGCAAAAGUGGCCUCUGGAGCCAGCUGCCAGCACAGGGCACAGAGCAUGCAGGCUGGGCAGCCACCUUCCAACAGCUACCCAAGUACGUUCAGGGUGAGGAGAGAUACCACAAAAACAGCCCCCCACUCACCCCGGCCCAGAGAAGACUGGAGGUGCCAGUUGCAGGCCUAAGGAACAGCGCCAAGCCUGGCUCCAAGGUCUCGACUCUCAUCAAAUCCUUCGACAGGCCUGAGAGCCAGCGCGGCGACAGCCGGCCUCCUCCCAGCAAGCCCCCUGUUCUAAAAACCACCCCCAAAUUCGCCCCUCUCCCAGACAGCGGUGUCAACUUCUGCUUCGAUUCUGCCUUCCUGACUGUCAGAAGGGUGCCCGCCGAGGCAUCCAGCGCCCAUCCGAGCAGCCACCAGCCCAGCAGGCAGCUCGGAGACAGUGAGACCUCAGAGAACACUGACGUGGCCUGUCCUGGCUCCAGCAGCUUCCUCCCUAGUCCGGACGCUGCAGCCACCUCAUCACAGUUCCCUUCCCCACCCCACAAGCCGGCCAAGGGGGAGCCUGGAAGAGCUCCAGAGUGGGCACCCAAGGGGACCUUCCUGCACAGCGAAAACAGUGCCUUUGAGUCAUGGAACGCUCACCAACCCAGGCUGCUGGAAAGAAAGGAAGCCACUGAGCCCACACCUGAACUCAGAGCCUCUGCGUGCCACCAGGACACACCCGCUCUGCUCAGGGAGCCCCAGUCCCCAGAGCACAAAGUGUUCCCCUGCCCAGUCCGAGUCAGCAAUGGUCAGGAAGGCAGCAGACUAGCCACGGGUGCUCUGCCAGCCUCGGGACCCUGGGGGCUCCAGACUCCAGGAUCACAGGUGUUCCCGAUGGAGGGAGAGGCUUCGGGCUCACAGCCCGACCCCCAGGUGAAAUCCACCCAGCCUCCAUGGAGAAAGCCAAAGGUGGGCAAGGGAGGCAAGACAGGCCUGCAGGAUAGGCCGGAAAGAAAGCAGCAGAGCGGCAGGGGUGGGGGGCUGCCCCUGUACCCCAAGCACAGCCCCCAAGGGCAGUUUCCAGAACCUGAGGCUGCUGACACCUCCGGAGACCCCAAUCAGCACUGUGACCCUCCAUUCAAUAUCAGUAAGCUCCUGACCCCCAUCAUCCCCACCAAACAAGUCCUGGACUCCUCGGCCAGCCGGCCACCAGACACGAGCCCCUCCCCGCCAGGCCAGCUCAAUGGCUACCAAGAGAAGGAGCCGGAUGAGCAGCCAGCACGGGACAGCUACAAGUCCAAGGCACCCAGCCUGCUAUUCAACCUCAAAGACAUGCGGAAGCGUGUCAAGAGCACCUACAGCCCGUCGCCCCUCCUGAAAGGGCUGGAUGAGCAGAGCAGGAGCAAAGCUGAGGACGGCCAGGGUGAAGCCCUGAGCAAUGGGCUGCUACUCCCUAACGGCCUGGAGGAGGGCUUGGCCGACGCUCCCUCUGCAGCGCCCCCUCGCGCCCAGAAAGAUUCCCCAGCCCAGCCCAGUGAGGCCUCCUCCGCAGGCAGCUAUGCAACCUUGGGCUUGCCUCUUGCUCCUGCCAAAGCUCCAUUCUGCGCCAACAGGGAGAGGAGCAGCGAUGACAAGUCACAGACGGAUCCCACCAGCUCCAGCUUCCAUCCAGACGCUAGGGAACGCCAGCCCAGGAAACACCUAUCCCUGAAGCUCUGUGACACACAGGUUGAAGCUGCCAUGGCAGAGCGAAAGGAGCCGCAGCAGCAGCAGCUGGAGAACGGGCUCCCAAGAUCCAUCUCCCAGGACACAGAGUCCGAGAGAGAGCUGGGGCUUCCGAAUACCCCGUUGACGCCAAAAUUCUCCCCGGGGCCCCUGUCACCUGAAGAGGAGGACGUGUUCUACAGUGACAGCCAGUCUGAUUUUAUGCCUGGCCUCAAAGGCAAGGCCAAAUUCAGCACCAGCUCUUCAGAGCAAUCCUUUGCUUCCUUUGACGACCAGCAGAAAACAUGGUUUGUCGCUGCGAGCCAGCGGGAGGAUAGAAUGGAUGAUGAUGAUGAAGGCAGGAGACCAGGUGAUGGUGAGGAGAAGCAGAAUGCGGAAGGCAGCAGGGAUGGGAAGGAAUGCAGGGAAGAAGGCCGCCAGGAGGAAGUGACCUGGAGAGGAGACAAGAGCAGCAAGGCAACCAUGGAGGAAGAGAAUGCCAGGGGCUCUGGCACGGAGGUGCUUAGGGACACAGGCCUGACACACGCCAAAGGCCCCAUCCCUUCGCCACUGUCUGCGGCCAACAGGCACGUCCUGUUUGCCAUCAAGGACAACACGCUCAGGGCCACCCCGGUCAUCAGGCCAGUAAUGCCGCCUCUGUUGAGGACUGUGUCCUCUGAGGACUCCCUGAGCAGUAGCCACAAGGGGGAAGACUCGCCCAGGCCAGGGCGGGCCGGGGAUGCUGGGCUCCGGACCCCUGAAGGCCAAGAAGGGAUUGGCAACUGCUGCACCCCCACUGCCUCCCAGGACCUGGAGGACAUGAGCCAGAUGCCCAGGGUGCCCAGGAGAGAGCCUUCUCAGAGGGAGCCAGCAGAGGAUUUGCCAGCUCUACCAUUGGUGGGAGAGCUGGAUGGGAAGAAGCCAGCCCCAGAUGCCACCCACAGGGUCCGCAGGAGCCAGGUUAGUUCCACAGAGGCCGAAAGGCCAGCCAGGUCAUGGGACAUUCCCACCAUCACCCUACCAGAGGGCGACCUGGGAGAUCAGCCCCCACCCCCACCACCCCCUCUGCCACCUGACACCUGCUGGGAGGAGCAGAUGCAAAGUUUCCAGAAUCGCUUUUUGGCCACACCCAGAGGUGGGAGAAGACAGAUUCCUGGGGAGGCGGCCAUGGCGGUGAUCUCCCCCAACCCCAGCUCCUUGGGGGACAGCAGUGCAUACUCCCCCGCCGCCAGUAGCGUUUGGGACGAUGCUUCCCAAGCGCCCAGCGAGCUGGGGCUGCUGUUCCAGGAGCCCUCGCGAGCCAGUCCCUGGGCCAGCCCCGGCCCUGCCAGGGUCACCCGGCGCGAGGACCUGACGCACGCCCUGGCAUGGGAAGCGACCGGAUCCGAUCCACAAUUCGAGGCACCCUCCGAAGACCUGCGGACGCUGUCUCCUCCUCCAAGAGGCGAGUGGCUGGACACGGCGACCUGCAGCGCCGCGGGCGCGACUGAGAGGCCAGAGCCGUCUGCACAGUCCCUGCUGCCACCACCACCACCAGAGAGGGCGACUGGUAGGCCCCCCGCAGUCCCACCCAAGACCGAGAAGGCCCUGCGGCGCGCCAAGAAGCUGGCCAGCAAGCGGCGGAAGGCCGACGUGGCACAGGAGAAACCGGUCGAACGAGGGGGUGCGGAGGACUGGACACGCACCGAGCCAAGGCCGCCUUCCCCUGGAGACAGAUCCCGACCCCGGUUCCCAACGCUGCGCUCCCUACCUCCCCCCGCGCACCGUCACUCCGUGUCCGGCUUCCCAGAACCCGUGGGGAAAUGGCGUGGGGGUAUCCAGGUCCCCACGCCCCUGCCCCCGUUCUCCGCCACCCGGAAGGUCCUGCAGGACCCCCAUUCAGGAGAGUACUUUGUCUUCGACCUGCCGCUGCAGAUGAAGAUCAAGACUUUCUAUGACCCUGAGACGGGCAAGUACGUCAAGGUCUCCAUCCCGACCUCCGACGGGGACUCCCCCGAGCCGCCAUCCGCAGACGCUAGGGCGGCCCCCUACAUCUUGUACCCAGGCUGCCGGCCCGUGCCCGUGACCGCUCUGAUGCCACUGCGCUGCUCCUCCCAGCUGGCCGCUCCCACCUUUCUCCUCCAGGCCCCACGCGCCAGGCCCCAGAGUGCGGACAAGGACGAGGAGCACGCUGGGCUGCAGCCUAGCGCUGGGUCUCGGGAGGAGUCAGCUCUGCAUGCGCCACCUGCCCAGGGCUUCCAGGGGCUGCCCAGGAACCCAGAAGGGGCAGGCGCGGAAGCUCCAGACCUGGGCAUCAUCUCCACCGACGAUCUAGAGGACUUCGCCACCGAAGGCGUUUCUUGAGGGUCAUGGUCCACCCCCCGGCCCCGCCCCACUCCCCACCAGAGCUUGAGCCCCAGUUCCCCAGAGCAGUGUAUGAGGAGUGCACGCACUCACCCACGAAGAACACCCAGACAGCUGCACACACUCAGCCAUUUUGUGCUUUCCCCCGGGGCCCACCAGCAGGUGCUGGUUCUCUGAGGGAGGGGCCUGCUUACAUAGUCUGCUCCUUCUAUGUCUCCUCCUUUAGGCAACCCUUUCACUGUCUCUUCCUCUGGCCCUGUCACUAAGGUGGGUGGGACGCCUGGCAGCCGCCUUCCAAAAAUGCUUGGGCUGCUACUACAGCAAAGCUGCCCCUGGUCAGGGUCAGGGAGGCGUGCUGGGUGAAACCCUGAGAAAUGCUGAACCUUGCUGUGGGCCGGAAACACCCCUCACCAAGCAGACCCCCCACCGGGCCUGCACACCCUCUGCCCACCGUCCACUCUCCACCGCAAGGGUCAGCACGGCCCAGGAGUUAUGGGAUCUGGGCCCCAGCUGGCUUUAGGAUCUGGCCCAAGGCAUGUCCCAGACAUGAUACACACACAAUGGGUUUUCUUUGCUGGGAGCCCAGGUCUCACAAAAUGAAACAAGGUUGCAGGUGCGGUUUUGGCCCUGGCCUCCUGUCAUUCUUCUGGGAGCCGAGGGGGUGGCAUUGGGGGCUGGAUCUCUGCCCUCCAGGCCUCACCCAGAAGCCAUGGCUCUCUGGAUGUUCCCUGCCCCCAGCACCCAGGGUAGCCCGUGGAGCCCUGCUGAGCCCCUCUACGACUGUCCCCACCCUCUGGAGCCAGGCCCACCAUGGUUAUUACUAGGCAGACAGAGAUGGAGGAAGACCCUCAAGAAUGGCCCAGGGA